AUGACACUGAAUACUUUCCACUAUGCUGGUGUAUCAAGUAAAAACGUAACACUUGGUGUACCUCGUUUGAAGGAAAUUAUCAACGUAGCCAAGAAUAUCAAGACACCUCGACUUGAAGUGUGGCUUGACGCUGAAAGAUCACGUAACAUUGAAUUGGCUAAAGAAGUACAAGUGAAGCUUGAGCAUACUACUCUUCAAAAGCUGACUUCUGUUGCUGAAAUUUAUUAUGAUCCUGAUCCACGUCAAACUGUGAUUGCAGAAGAUGUUGACUUUGUUGAAACAUACUACUCACUUGAAGAUGACAAUUCACCAUUUGUCACUCGUGUCUCACCUUGGUUAUUACGUCUCGAAUUGAAUCGUGCCAUGAUGGUCGAUAAGGGUAUCUAUGUUACUGAUAUUGUGCAAAAGAUUUCUGAAGAGUUUAGACACGAUCUCCAUGUGAUGGGUAGUGAUGAUAACUCAGAAAAGCAAGUUAUUCGUUGUAGAGUUAUGCUUGACGAAAAUGAAAAGAACGCUGAAAUAGAUGAUGAGAAUAAGCCAGAAGAAGACACUUUCCUUCGUAAAUUAGAAUCAAGCAUGUUAAGUUCCAUCAAUCUCUGUGGUAUUCCUGGUAUUAAGAAAGUAUACAUCGUUGAACGAAAGAACACGGUUCUUAAUGAUAAAGGAAGCUUUGAAACUACUACAGAAUGGGGUCUUGAUACGGAUGGUACCAACUUACAAGAAGUCAUGUGUCAAGAAGGUGUUGAUGAAACUCGAACUUACUCAAAUAAUACAGUCGAAAUUAUGGAAGUA